UGACGGUGUGCCGGUAGUUUUGAUCCGGAAUUUAGUGACGUUUCAGUUUUGCCACGGGUUCCGGUGCGUAACAGCAUCCAGUAAAUAGCUUGCUUUCACCUACUACGUGUCUAGCGCGAUCAUCGUGUGAUCGGACCUUCGAGAAGCCGCUUGUUUUCCAGUCUACCUCAGUCAAAAGCUUCAGUUCAAAUCAUGACCCAACAGGGACCCGCAUUCGAUUCCAACUGCAUGACGCUGACGCGUUUCGUGCUGCAGGAGCAGAAAAAGUACAAACAUGCCACCGGCGAUCUGUCCCAGCUGCUCAACUGCAUCCAGACCGCGAUCAAGGCGAUCAGUUCCGCCGUACGAAAGGCAGGCAUCGCGAAGCUACAAGGAAUAUCCGGUGAUACGAAUGUACAGGGCGAGCAGGUGAAAAAGUUGGACGUACUGUCGAAUGAAAUUUUCAUCAACAUGCUCAAAUCUUCGUACGCCACCUGUCUGCUGGUGUCGGAGGAGAACGAUAAUGUGAUCGAAAUUGAGACGGACAAGCGUGGCAAGUAUGUCGUUUCGUUCGAUCCGCUCGACGGUUCCUCCAACAUCGACUGUCUGGUAUCGAUCGGUUCCAUUUUCGCCAUUACCAAACAGGCGAAGGAAAACACUGACCCCUCGUUAGAGGAUGCUCUGCAGCCGGGUAAUAAGAUUGUGGCCGCCGGUUACGCACUGUACGGUUCGGCUACGAUGAUUGUGAUCAGUUUGGGCAAUGGUGUGCACGGCUUCAUGUACGAUCCGUCGAUCGGCGAGUUUGUGCUAACCGAUUACAAUAUGCGCAUCCCGGAGCGGGGCAACAUUUACUCAAUCAACGAAGGCUACGCAUCUACCUGGGACGAAUCGGUAGUGAACUAUGUGAAGGAUAAGAAAGAUCCGGCCAAGGGCAAACCGUAUGGUGCUCGGUAUGUGGGCAGUAUGGUGGCGGAUGUGCAUCGAACGAUCAAGUACGGUGGCAUCUUCAUCUAUCCGGCGACGGCUGCAGCGAAGAAUGGCAAAUUGCGCCUUCUGUACGAGUGUAACCCGAUGGCUUAUCUGGUAACGCAGGCCGGUGGUAAAGCAUAUGCGACCAAGGGCAAGGAAAUUAUGGAUGUUGUGCCUACGUCCAUCCAUCAGCGAUCACCAAUCUAUCUCGGUUCGAAACUAGAUGUGGAGGAAGCCAUCAGUUACAUCAAGUAGGCAUUGUCUCUCGAGUGUUUUUUUUUCGUUCCGAGACGUUUUGUAUGUUAUUUUUGUAAUAAAAGUCUUCUCCACUG